UCCAACGAGCUGGCGGGGGCGAAAGAUGGCGACGCCCGUCGGGUGGUCGCCGGGAGGGUCAGGAUCAGUGUGUCUCGCCUUCGAUCAACUGCGAGACGUGAUUGAGUCUCAGGAGGAACUGAUCCAGCAGCUGAGGAACGUGAUGGUUCUCCAGGACGAAAAUUUUGUCAGUAAAGAAGAGUUCCAGGCAGUGGAGAAAAAGCUGGUGGAAGAGAAAGCUGCCCAUGCCAAGACCAAGGUUCUCCUGGCCAAGGAAGAGGAGAAGUUGCAGUUUGCCCUCGGAGAGGUAGAAGUGCUGUCUAAACAGCUGGAGAAAGAGAAGCUGGCCUUUGAAAAGGCGCUCUCCAGUGUCAAGAGCAGAGCCCUGCAGGAGUCCAGCAAGAAGGACCAGCUCAUCACCAAGUGCAAUGGAAUCACGUGUCUGACUUCCGGAUCCAGAAGCAGCAGGAGAACUACAUGGCCCAGGUGCUGGACCAGAAGCAUAAGAAAGCCUCGGGGACGCGUCAGACCCGCAGCCGCCAGCGUCCCAGGGAAAAAUAAAAUGGUUGUCUCCUUCCUGUCAUCUGGCUGUAAUGCCCAACCUCUGCCUUCUCUGCUGUGGUGGUUCCCCAUCCUGACCCUUCCAAUCCCUGUGGGUACCUCCCUGAGGCCUCACAGUGGCCUGGACCCCAGGGAAGAGGUAGGGUGAAAGGCAAAAGACACUCUCCUUCCUUCUUCCCUGCCUGCCUUUUGGACCACCACCUGUCAGGCCACUGCUGUGUUCAGAAUGGAUGCUCCUCGAGUCUCCAGCCCCUGCUACUCCCCUCCCUCCCUCCUUUGGGUAGUAGUGGGGGCCCAUGGGGGUGUGGGGUUGUAGCCUAGGGAAGGACUACUUGGUUGUCUAGUAGGCACUGUCCCUUCUUACUCUUGGUAUUAAAUUCCUUCCUACAUAAACAACC